CCUGUAGCCUGAAGCGCUGGUGAGUGCACAUGACUGGGGUUUGUUAAUCUGCUAUAGCACUGCUCAUGUCAGACCCAGCUCUUCAAAUCCUAGCGAAAUACCUCCUCAUGCUGAUCAGGGUUCUUAGCUAGGACAGGCUCAGAGAGGGAUUUAUCCUUUUACAACAGGGCUGGAGAUUUCCAGUGUAUUGCACGGACGCCACAAAAUGCAUUAGCGUGGCUUCUGUCUGCAGCUGUUUCUGUAAUUAAGAGAUUGAGAAUUUAGGUGCCUGAUCUAAUAUGCAGGGAAUGUGUUCUUUUUAAACUACUUUUGUCAAGUAACUGGGGAGAGGAGGAAUGAAGUCUGAUUUCUGAGCAACUGAAGUGAGAAAUUGAAUAAUCUUAACAGACACUGUACCCUGGUGAAGAUUUAUUGCAAGACAACAGUGGAGUGGAAUUCAAUCUGUUUUGCUGUUUCACUUGCCGAUGACUGUUAUAUAUAUAUAUAUAUGUAUAUAUGCUUGCAGACUGUGUUUUGAAAUUGGAAGAUAUUAAAGCUGUUUUUUUUAAAGCUUCCUUCUUUAGAGGAAUACAGAGCUGAAUCCACGGAUCUGAAUUGGUAGAAGUACAUAUGUAAUAUACAUCUUUGUGAUGUUGAUUUCCUGCUGGACCUAGAAACGUACGGAUCUGUGCUGUGUGUAUUGAAUUUAGUUGUAGCCACUGUUUUUUUUUUAGUUUUUAUUUUAUAAAAUCUUGGAAUAACUCCUGGGGAAUCACCCCCCCCCCCCCCCCCCCCCCCCAACCUGUAAUUCAGACAGGCUGAUUUGAAAGGUUUCCGGAGAAUGGUAAAUGAUCGAUGGAAAACCAUGAACACUGUUUCAGAGCUUGAAGAUGGACAACAACACAAACCUCAGAGGAUGAGCUGUGGCUACCUUCUCUGCACCAUUCUCCUCUUUGUGGCCGUGCUGCUUGCCAUAACGGUGACGGGCACCAUCUUGUUUAUGAACCACUACCACGCUGCCGUGACGGAAGGCCCACCACUCAUCAGCACCAACAAGGACGAGAAAAACGCCUUGGUGACGGUGGAGAAGGCCGCCGGCUCCCGGAUAAACAUCUUCAUCGACCCCAACUGCCCCGACUACAACAGCAACUUCCUGCGCCUGGAAGGGGUGCAGACGUCUCUCCUGCACUCCCUGACAGACCACGACUCAGACCUGAAGUCGGUGAAGGGUCAGGACAGGGCUCUGCUGGCAAGACUGGCAGAGGAGGUCAGCAAGCUGUCAGCGUACACCGGGCAGCUAAAAAUGGAUUACGAGGCCCUGAGGAGAGGCCAGAGCACUCUGGGGCAAGAGCUGAGCACCCUCCAAACAGAACAGGGCAGGUUGAUUCAGGUAAAUCUUUGUCUGGAGUGGUUAGGGAAUCCCUCAUGGUUUUAAUGAGCUUAUCGUUCCAAACAGGCCCAACAAUGAGUAAAGUGUGACUCUGCUGCUUCACCUUCGAGGUAACGGAUAAAUGAUUGUUAAUCAGCUCAGUCACGGUUUAAAUUUUCCUUGAAAGUACACAAACAGCAUCUAAACCAGAGGCUAGAACGGUUUUUCAUCCCGGUGUAUUUGAAGUUAGCAAGCCCAGUAGCCUUGGGAAAAAAAACUGCCAAGCAGAGACAGACACGACAUAUCCAUACAAUUGCAAAAUUUCAAACAUAAUAGCAGCUCUUGAGGGUGUAUGUGGUACAAUGGAGCAACCCACAUCAAACAGAACACAUUUCAUUAGCAGAUGUGAUGGAUUAGGUUUUAGUGUAAAACUGAACAUGAUGGUGGGGCCCUACAGCUUUAAAGGGGUGAAAUGUAGAAAGACACACAAAAUAUUCCAGAAAACGUCUCUGUUGUGCAUUUUCAUUUGCUCUUUUUGGUUCAGUUGUGCAGUUUCAAACACAUACAGUUGCAAACAUGUACUUUCAUUUCAUAACAUAUCUGCUUCUACACUAGGUGAAUGAAAGUUCUCAGUUUGCAAGCCUUACUUUCAGUUAGUCUGUUACUGUUUCACUUCCCAGGUCAUCUCACCUUGGCAGUGUGUUUGGUUUGGGGUCAGACUAUGUCACUGGCUGCAAAGAAUGUCAGUCAACCAGGUGAUUGGUUUAUGAAAGAAAAUAAGGCAAUGAGGUACAGUAUUGUAGACA